AGACCCACAGCCGAUCAGAAAAUUACAUUUACAUGUCUAUCAUCAAGAGCUGAAAUACUGUUUAAUACUGUGAUCUUCAUUUGGAUGGCACAGAUGAUGAGUGUCCCGACUCUUGGACUUUUGGGAAGACUGUAAUUCAGCCAUGGCGUUUCCUCCAGGAUACUUGUACCAGUCUUCACUCUCCCUGUACUCGUGCCCUCCGCACACGUCCAGUGCGAUCACGGGCCCGCGCACACAUGAUCUGGGACGAUCCUCCGGCGGCUCGGCGUUUGCCCCGUACGCGUCCACAGCUUUCAGCAACACUACCGCCUUUAACUCAAUCCAGUACAGUUCUGAAUCUACAGUCCCUUUUACUACUUAUGUGGGCUCCUCAUACGACCAUUCACCAGGUGUAACAGGCUCUAUGGGCUACCACCCGUACGCUGGGCCACUGGGUGCGUACCCGUUUGGAGACUCCGCAUACCGGAAGAACACCACCCGAGAUGCCACCGCCACCCUGAAGGCCUGGCUGAGUGAACACAGAAAAAACCCGUAUCCUACUAAAGGUGAGAAAAUCAUGCUGGCCAUCAUCACCAAAAUGACUCUGACUCAGGUGUCCACCUGGUUCGCUAACGCACGGAGGAGACUGAAAAAAGAAAAUAAGAUGAGCUGGACACCACGAAACAGGAGUGAGGAUGAGGAUGAUGGGGACAGCAUUGAUUUAGAGAAAAACGAUGAAGAUGAUGAACCGCUAAAGACCACCCAAACAACAGAGACGAUCAAAGAUUCAGUUCGCGACGACUGUUCAGAAAAGCACACAGACGACGACGCGAUGGAUCGUGUUAUAAUCGACUGUGAAGAACACGAGAAGCGGACAGAACCCGAGUCUCCGGUGGCCACAACCUCCUCUCCCCUAAACGACAACAGAGAAAGCCCGAAGCCCCCCAGUGAGAACUGCAAACCCACAUCUGUCAUUCAUUCAGCAAACCCGACCCCCAAACCCAAACUGUGGUCUCUUGCUGAAAUGGCUACGUCCGAUAAGAGGUGUGACGAAACAUCAGGGGGGUCAUCACCCGCCGGGUCACCCGUGCAUUGCCCGUAUCCCCCGAGACAUUUAUACUACACGUCUGCUUUCCGACUGGGCUUCACGAACUAUAGCGCAUUCGGAUCCCUGCACGAAUCCAACCCCAAACAUCAGAUCGGAAUAACCCAGACUGCGUUACACAGAGACAGCGAACUCACUCUCUAGCCUUAUCAGCGCUUUAAUUUAUUGUUAUCUCCUGUGCAAAUUAAACAGCUGGGGUAUGCUUCUAAUUUAUAGAGACGCGUGACGUUUUAAACACUUAGGAAUGACGUCAAGUUUAAUGCUGAAAUGUUAUUUUUCUUAAAAUAUAUCCAUUCAAUGUAACAUGUUCGUGCAAGAGGCCAAAGUAGUCAUUUAAAAAAGUUUUGUAAUCCCAAUCUGCUGUUACAAGUAUCAAUUAUUUAAUACUUCAUACAAUCGUUUUUAUUGGAUGUUCAUAUAGUAUGC